AUGCCCCCUCUCUCCAUCCCUCCCCGCACACCCGAUCCCCUACACAAUGCCCGGCAACCCGACCCCCGUCCGCCUUCCCCAACAGCACCGCCCUACUCCCCCAUAACCCCCACCAUGCCCAACUCCCUCCCCGCUCCCUCCACCGAGGCGGCCGGCAGCAGCAGCAGCAGCUACACCAAACCCCGCACCCAACACCCUCCCGCGCCUCCCCCGCCCGUCCCGCAGUCCUCACCCACCCAACCCGCGCCACCUCCUCCUCCCACGCCCCAAAUGCCAGAGCUGCCCCCGCCCGUCCCCGUCCGCGAGACCAGCAACCCGGACGCGAUCGCCCUCCGCGCGGCCAUGUCCGUUCUGCAACUGCAGCGGCAGCAGGCGCUGCGGGACAUGCAGACGCUGGAACGGCAAAAGGAAGCCGCCGUCGCCGACCCGGAAGCUUUCGCCCGGGCCGUGGCCGGUGGGAAGGUCAGGGCGCGGGGGAUGCGGGGGAUCCUCGGCCCUGUGGGGGAGGUGCGGCGGGAGGGCUUCGACGGAGGGGACCCUACGCGUAGGGGGGAGGCGGAUGGGGGGGAUGGUGGUGGGGAGGUGCGUGGGUUGGGGGAUGGAGACGACGGUGCGACGGUGGGGAUGGGUGGGGGGGUGGCGUUUGGGGAGAUCCCGUCCGGGCAGAAUGUGGUGCGUAUGCCGCCGGUCAAUUGGGCGAAGUACCACAUCGUGGGCGCAUCGCUGGACAAGUUGCAUGAGGAGCAGCGGUCCCGACCCGUGGCCGGCGAGCCGCUCCGGGACGGGGACGUGAAGCCCAGGCCGAGGGCGCCGGAGCACGUCGUGGCUUCGCCAAUUGAGCCCAGCAUGGCCACCUUCCCACACCCGUCAAUUUUCCUUCGACAGGAAUCCUAUACGAGUGCAGCUGAGCCCAGCAUGGGAACCGAACCCCGCUACUUCGGCGGGGUCAAAGCCGUCAACACCACACCGCCCUCCCUCACCAUCAUUCCGGAAGACCGCACCAGCCGUCCAGAUUACGACCUCGCCUUCGGCCUUUCGAAUAUCCAGCUCGCGGAGUUCCUGAAUCUGUUCGCUUCAGGGGAAAUGCGGGUGUCUUAUGUGUUACGGCCUGGUCCCACUGGAGCGUUGCUGGUUCAGGAUGUGCAGAGUGCGGAGACUGUGAUCGUGAAGGAGGAGGGUAGUCCAUCUUGGUCUGCGGAUGGGCUAGGAGAGGGCAAGGUUGAGAAGGGGAAAGAUGUAACAUCACAGGUUGGCUUCCUGGCUUCCCAGCAUGACAGGAUUACGCUUGAGGAGGAAGCUCGGCGCAACGCGAAGGGCGAAUUCCGAAACCGCAUGGGCGGCCUUCCUUCCCAUUUUCGGGCCAUGAAAUGGGAUGAGUGGAAUGCUGAAGGAGGGAGAGCCAGAAGAGGCUAG